AUGAGUGUUUUAAAAUCUCAACAAUUUCUAAGUAUUAUAUUUGACCAUAAACAGCCAUCAGUAAUAGAACGCAUUGACACCGAUAAAUUGGCUAAAAUCAAAGAAAAUAGAAAAAGACUAGUUCCUAUUAUUCAGUGUAUUUUGUUGUGUGGUAGAGAAGAAAUUCCUUUACGGGGACAUCUGGAUUUUGGUAAAAUAGUGGUAGAUGAUAUAAAUUCUAGAGAAGGUAAAUUUCGUGCCAUUUUAAAAUAUCGAGCAAUAGGCGAUGAACAUUUAAAAAAUGUGUUGGAAGGUUGUGGUAAAAGGAACAAAUAUACAAGUCCUAUAAUUCAAAACCAAAUUAUUGAGGCGUGCAAUAAAAUUAUUCUGAAACAGAUUGUUGAUAAAGUAAAUUCUUCAAAAUGCUUUUCAAUCUUAGCUGACGAAACGACUGAUGUAGCUACGAAGGAACAAUUGUCAUUAAGCGUGCGUUAUGUGGAUGAUGAUGAUUUGUUACACGAAGAUUUCCUUCAAUUUUUUGAAAUAAACAGUUUAACUGGAUCAAGUUUAGCUUCAUCUAUAUUGAAUGGUUUAAAUGACUGCGGUAUUGAUUGUAACCACUUGUAUGGCCAAGGCUAUGAUGGGGCCAGUAACAUGGCAGGGAAAUUCAAUGGAUGGUGUCCAAGCUUUAAUUAG